AGCUUUCUGACUUCAGCAAACUGUUUGCACAGCAGCCUCCCUCCAACACUGCAGGCUCGUCUGGACCCGGACCGCAGACCUCGGAGCCGUGGAUUUAUUAGUCGGGCAUGAUUCAGUCCCCUGAACAUCUCAAGUGAGGGGCGGUUUAUUUGAUCUGACCCUGAACGCACCAGGCUCCUCAAUAAGCUGCUUUAGAGACAUUUUCAGAGGAAAAACAAGAGGAGCUGAUCUCAGAGGUUCGGCUCGUGAGCCCAUGAAAACAGGAGAGGAGAGGAAACCAAGAGGAGUCAUCACCUUCACCUGAGCAAAGAUAACAAAGAGAUACGCAUGGGGCAGGGAGAGGCUUCAGCUCGAGGGACAAGCAUGGAGGGGGACUGCCUCAGCUGCAUCAAGUACCUCAUGUUUGUCUUCAAUUUUCUCAUCUUUCUGGGGGGGUCCUUCCUCCUGGGAGUGGGGGUGUGGGUGCUGGUGGACCCCACAGGGUUCAGGGAAAUCGUAGCAGCCAACCCUUUACUUUUCACCGGAGUCUACAUCAUUCUGGGAAUGGGAGGGAUGCUCUUCCUUCUGGGCUUCCUGGGCUGCUGUGGAGCCAUCCGUGAAAACAAAUGUCUGCUCCUCUUUUUCUUCAUGCUCAUCCUCCUCAUCUUCUUAGCAGAGCUGGCUGCUGCCAUCCUGGCCUUCAUAUUCCGGGAGCACCUGACCAGAGAGUAUUUCACAAAGGAGCUGAAGAGCCAUUAUCAGGGCUACAACAACAGUGACGUCUUCACCACCACAUGGAACGCCAUCAUGACUACAUUUGAUUGCUGCGGAGUGAACAGCCCAGAGGAUUUUAAGGACGGCCUCUUCAGGCGCAUUAACCAGGACCAUGUGGUGCCAGAAGCCUGCUGCCAGCGUGCCAGUCAGAGCGGAGAGCUGGUCUACACCAGCCAGGAGCAGUGCUUAUCAGGCAAUAUGAUGUUCCGAAAUAACAAGGGCUGUUACUCUGCGGUCGUCGACUACUUUGAGCUAUACAUCUACGUAGCUGGAGCUCUGGCCAUAGUGGUGCUAACAAUUGAGCUUUUUGCUAUGGUCUUUGCGAUGUGUCUCUUCAGGGGGAUCCAGUAGAAGAAUUUGCAAACUACUAUUUUUUUUUUUUUUUUUUUUUUU